GGCGGUGGGUGACCAGGAAGUGAGAGCCAAGAUUGGGAAGGAGGAGGAAUCAAGACCAGUCGGUGGUGGAAAGGUGACAGAGCAUCUGGACUCGUCAGUUUCCUUCUUUGCGGGUUACUGGGCUGAGGUCCCUUCACAGCUGAGAGCUAGCAUCUCCGUUUGCUUGUCUUUUGGAGGAAGAGGCUGGGGGAAACACCUGAACAUGUGGAAUCCCAAUGCUGGGCAACCAGGGCCAAAUCCAUAUCCCCCUAACAUCGGGUGCCCUGGAGGUUCCAAUCCUGCCCAUCCACCACCUGUCAAUCCAGCCUUUCCUCCUGGACCCAUUCCUGCUCCCCCAGGAGUUUCCCAGGGAAAUCCAGCUUUCCCUCCAGCUGGGCCUCCUUAUCCUGUGCCACAGCCAGGGUAUCCAGGAUGCCAACCCCCAGGUCCCUACCCUCCUCCAUACCCACCACCUGCUCCUGGCAUGCCUCCUGUGAAUCCCUUGGCUCCUGGCAUGUUUGGACCAGGAAUGACGAAUGACAAGAAGAUGAGGAAGAAAAUGAAGAAAGCUCAUAAAAAGAUGCACAAACACCACAAGCAUGGCAAGCAUUCCUCCUCCUCUUCCUCCUCUUCCAGCAGUGACUCUGACUGAAUACAGGGCCUGGACCCUUCCCUCAAGUCUCACCAGUUCUGCUCUCCCAUCAAGCUUCAGAUGUCAUGUUGUACUAGUGGAAAUUACCUCUUGCACCCUCACCUGAGCCUCACUCUGCUGUUCAGCCCUGACUGGCUAGGGAAAAUGGGAAAAAGAUUGUUAUGGGCUAGCAAAGGCUAUCUCUUCUUGCUGCGUGGAUAGAUCUUAUAGCUGAUGAGUUUAGCAGGGGAACUAUUUCUUGAAGAUGGUAAGACCUUUGAGCUAAAUGCUGAAGACAAGUUUAAGAUCUAUAAAAUGUGAUUUUUUUUUUUUAAGAGACCAUCUCACUUUAUUG